AAAAUACUUGGUAUAUCAUACUUUUUUUAGUGUAUUUGGAAUAAUAUUUCCUUUGCUAGAUUAUAGCGUGUGCUUGUUGGCACAACAGCAAGCAGAAAUACAGGACAUAAUGUGGAUGUUGUUACAUCUGACAAUGAAAAACAAAAGGCAGCUACUCAGACGAUCAUGAAAAAGAAUACAUUUACUGCAGUUGAAUAGAAAAAAACCCCCAUAAAGGAACAGAAUCAUGAGAAGAAAGGGAGGCGAUGGAGUCAUCCUUCCAUGAAGAUGAUGUCUGGUUGGUGUGUGUGGAGCUUUUUCAAACAGCCGUCCCAACCAGACAUGGAAGAACUGGACACCAGAACAACCUCUGUCUGUCUGUCAAAGUGAGAAAAUAAUUAAUAAUGAUGGAUGAUUUUGUUUUUGUUUUUUUACAAGCUGGACAGCCUAUAGGCCAUGUUCUGUCAACUAAGUUAUUAAAUUAUCCGUUUUAAAUGGAAAAGUUGGAUUGAACGUUUUGUUUUCCUUUUCUCAAAGGUCUCCUUUCUAAAUUAGUUCUCAUUAAAAUGUAACUGACAGCCAACCUCACAGUGGAGCUGGCUGUCACAAAUGCAUAGUGUGGUGGUGCGAAUCUUUUGAAAAGAAAAGAAAAACUCAGACUUUUUUGAAAAGAAACUCUGUGGUUCCAUCACACAUUGAAAUGGGACCGACCUGGACCUGCACCGCGUUUCUUUGGAAUUUAGAUGAACGUAGAAAGCGGGACAACCAGCCGGGUCGUCCUUUAACUCUGUCUCAGAGAUAGAUGCCAUGAAGCUCCUCCUCUUCCUCCAUUAACCGACCCCCACAGGCUGACUGUUUCCGGUCGGCCUUAAUCCACCCUGCCGUUUCAGUCACACAAACAAAUGCAGCCUCACUAACUGAAAGACGGACCGCAGCAGCUCGAUGGGGGACAGGCCAGCGGGGGCCCGGCUGGUGGCUGUUUCCGGGACGGACGCGGGAGGCGAUCUGCUGAGGCUCGCGCUGCUGAUGUGGGGGGAACGGUGAGCGCGGCGCGCGACGACGCGGCGGACUGCGCUGUGUUUUCCUGCGGCAGCACCACGGACAGCGGCCAUGACGCGGAUGCGCAGGAAGGCCAUCGUCGCCCUCUUCCUCUUCACACUCUUCAUCUUCGGGACCAUGAUGGGGCUCAGGACCCUGAAGCCCAGCGACGGCUUUUCUGACCUGGCGCCCGGGAUGGACUUCGCCGGGGAGAGGUCUGACAGGAAGCGGCCGGACGUGAGAGACGCGCUGGCAUCGCCGGGCCAGUUCCGCUCCGGCGGCAGCGACACCAAGGUGGUUUUCACCAAAUCCGACCGAGACUCCAGCAUCUUCUACGACGUCCACAUCUUCUACUACCUGUGGUACGGCUCCCCCAGCAUGGACAACCAGUACAUCCACUGGGAUCACCCGCUGGUGCCCCACUGGGACCCGAAGAUCGCCGCCAGCCACGCUCAGGGCAGACACACACCUCCGGAGGACAUUGCUUCCAGUUUCUACCCUGAGCUGGGGCCCUACAGCUCCAGGGACCCAAAGGUGCUGGAGUCCCAUAUGGCGCAGAUCGAAGCGGCUGCAUCAGGAGUGCUGGUGUUGUCAUGGUACCCACCUGGGGUGGCUGAUGACCAUGGGGAGCCCACUGAGGACCUGGUUCCUGCUGUCAUGGAUGCUGCCCAAAGACACAGCAUCAAGGUGGCCUUUCACAUUCAGCCGUACAAGGGCCGGACGGACCAGAGUAUGCAUGACAACAUCAAAUAUAUUAUUGACAAAUAUGGAAACCAUGGCGCCUUCUAUAGAUUCAGGUCUAGCACAGGGCAAGUCCUGCCACUGUUCUAUGUCUAUGACUCCUACCUUACCCCACCCGAAUCCUGGACGGAGCUCCUGACAGCAAAAGGCUCACAGAGCAUCAGAGGGACGCCUUACGAUGGUGUUUUCGUUGCCCUGGUUGUGGAGGAGCGCCACAAGCAUGACAUCUUAGCCAGCGGCUUUGACGGCAUGUACACUUACUUUGCCUCCAAUGGUUUCUCAUUCGGCUCCUCCCACCAGAACUGGAAAGCCAUCAAGGAGUUCUGUGAUGCAAACAACCUGCUGUUUAUCCCCAGCGUCGGUCCGGGCUACAUGGAUACCGCCGUGCGACCGUGGAACAACCACAACACCAGAAACCGGGUCAACGGGCGUUACUAUGAGACGUCCCUGCAGGCGGCUCUGUCUGUCAGACCAGAAAUUGUCACCAUCACUUCCUUCAACCAAUGGCAUGAAGGCACUCAGAUAGAAAGGGCUGUACCCAAGAAGACAAUGGCGCGUUUAUAUUUGGACUACUUACCAAACCAAGCAGACCAUUAUUUACAGCUUACUCGUCAGUGGGCUGAGACCUUCAACAAGGAGAAGGACAAGUGGCUGAUGUGAACAAGGCUUCAGCUGCCUGGUGGAGGCGUUGAGGAUCACUGUGAGUCUCAGUAUUUGAGCUCCUUCUGACUGUUGACCCUGGUGAUUUAUCUCACCAACAUUUUCUGCUCAGUGUUUCUUCGUAAACUUAAAAAAAGUACAGUUACAAAGAGAAGCUGUUUUUUCCUUCCCUAUUUUACUAAAAUAAAGACUGUUAUUUCUUGUACUUUCUUUAUGACCAAUUAAAAUGUCUGUUUACUGUUG